AACGGGUGUGGCUGAAAUAGCCGAAUCCACUCAUUUGAAGGGGUGUCCACAUACCUUUCUAUAUAUAGUGUAUCUUUACUGUGUAGUACCAUGUGUAAUUUUGCCCUCCAUGAUCAUAAUAGUAUUAUAAUUAUUAUUUGCAAUACCAAGUAAGUACCUUUUUGUAAUUAUGCAGAAUUAUUGUAUUAAAUGUCUUGGUAUGUUGCCUUUACUUGAAACGUUCCAACCUGUCAAUGUGAUGCAAUACAGUGAGCGUGUCACUUUAACGCCGAUUCCUUCAAUGCAAUCCAGGGGGCAGGUCUUUUCUUUCAUCUGGGACUAUACAGUACUAGUAGCCAGCUGGAGAUGGCCUUGGAGGUUGUGCUUGUGGUGUGCACCGCUGCUCGGGAUGAGGAGAGGGAGCAGAAUCACAAGCAGAGCGAAUGUUUUAUUAAUUCGACAUGCAACAUUGUGUAAGUAGCUGAACUCUUCAUUUGUUGCAAAUGCUGAAAAUAAUUUCUCGAUGGUAAACCAGUAGCUCACUGGAGGCAGGGAAUGAAAGCUCUCGGCGGUGCUCAUAGCUACACGGUUAAUAAAGGAUUUGGGAAGGAAAUGGUCAAGAUGGCAGCUCCAUUUGGAAUGUGAAGACAGACGCUGCAGUAAUAAAUUCACAUGAAACAAUGGCCUUUUGAAUCGCGCGAUCAUCAGAGAAAAGACAGUCGACGGGACGCACGUGGAGUUCAAUCAUCUGGAGUGUAUACCGAAUACAAGCAAGAAACCAAGGAGAGGAAUAUGGCUGGAGUAUCACACAAUGAACCACUCUCUCAGGAUAUUGACAUCGAUCCAGACUUUGAGCCCCAGAAACGACCAAGGUCUUGCACCUGGCCUCUGCCUCGACCAGAGUCCAAUGCAGGGAAGCCCGAAUCAAACGAUGACAGCAUCCCCGAGGAAGAGGAUGAUGAUGUCACAGCACCCAGCAGCUCUAGCUCUUAUACUGCCAAUAAUGUGAAUGGUGGCAUAGCCAUACAUCAGAACACAAAGAACUCUUCUAAACACCCAUGCUUCACCACCACCACUAAGGAAGAAGUACUAAAUCCCACUUCCAAAGAGGGGAAUGACGUCGAUGGGUCCUCCUUGUCCACACAGACGCAUGCUGUCUCAGCUCUCAAUGGCCUGGCCUCCCAACCUAGGAAGUCUUCAGCUAGGAGGAAUGCCUGGGGGAACUACUCCUAUGCGGACCUCAUCACCCAGGCCAUAGAGAGCUCCCCGGACCAGAGGCUGACAUUAUCCCAGAUCUAUGAGUGGAUGGUGAGGUCUGUCCCUUACUUCAAGGACAAAGGAGACAGCAACAGCUCUGCAGGCUGGAAGAACUCCAUCCGACACAACCUGUCUCUCCACAGUCGUUUCAUGCGGGUGCAGAAUGAAGGAACGGGGAAGAGUUCCUGGUGGAUGGUCAACCCUGAGGGCGGGAAAGGCGGCAAAGCUCCACGACGACGGGCCGUAUCCAUGGACAACAGCAACAAGCUGAUCAAAGGUGCUCGAGGCCGCGCCGCCAAGAAGAAAGCAUCUCUAGGCCUACAGGCCGUCCAAGAUGGCAGCUCCGAGAGUUUAUCCUUAUCCUCUAGCUUGUCCAAGUGGACAGGAAGUCCCACGUCUCGCAGCAGCGACGAACUGGAUGCCUGGACGGACUUCAGGUCUCGCACCAACUCCAACGCCAGCACAAUCAGCGGGCGCCUUUCCCCCAUCCUGGCCAACCCAGAGCUGGACGAGGCGCUGGAUGACGACUCCAUCUCUCCCCUCUCCCCCAUGCUCUACUCCAGUCCCAGCAGUUUGUCUCCCUCCACCGGCCCCCUAGGUCUGGCCGACCUGGCCCUCACUAUGAACCUCAAUGACGGGCUCCCUGACGACCUGAUGGGCGACCUUCUGGACAACAUCAGCCUGACGGCGUCCCAGCAGCCCCUGGGGCAGGAGGUGGAGAGCGGAGGACCCAAUCAGAUGGGGAGCUCAGUGUUAACCUUCAGCUGUUCAGGAGGUAGUAGUAGUCUGGGCAUCCCAUCCUCCGGCAGCUACGGGCCUCCCAUCUCCAUCUUCCAGCUCAGCCCCCCGUCCUCCUCAGUGACCUCCCUACGCCAGUCCCCCAUGCAGACCAUCCAGGAGAACCACCAAGCUUCCUUCUCCUGCCUGUCCUCUCGUUUCAACCACCACCACACCCUGCAGGACCUGCUGAGCCUGGAGACACAUGGCAGCCAUGUCAGCGACAUCAUGCUCACGCACUCUGACCCACUGAUGUCACAAGCCAGCGCCUCUGUCACUUUGUCCCAGAAUUCCCGGCGGAAUGCCAUGCUGCUCCGCAAGGACCCUAUGAUGUCAUCAAACUGGGACGGUGCUGCGGGUCUGAAUUCCCAGACUUCCUUAAUGCCUGGUUGGCGGGCUCAGGCUGGCUUGUCUACACCUAACAAUGAAGUGUUGUGCUCAAGCAAUGACUUGGACCAGCAGGCCAAGCAGCUUCUCCAGCACCUACCGUCUCCCAGUAGAAACUCUUCUAUGCAGCUUGGUGGCUCUGGUACCAACAACAGCACCUCUGAAAACCCAUUUCAGUUGAUCGCUCCGGACCACUUUCCCAUCCCUGACGAUCUGGAUUUGGACGUGUUCAACAGCAGCCUGGACUGUGACAUGGACACUAUCAUACGUAAUGAGCUGAUGGACGCUGACUGCAUUGAUGAUUUGUGAGUACAGGCCCGGGACUGUGGAGCUCUGUUUAGUCUCUGUGUUGGGAGUUGAGACAGUAACGAUCAGUAUUAUCAGUGGGAUUUUAGUAAAUGUGAAGUGAAAAUGUGAAAUAGACACUUAUUUUAAGUCUCAGGGAUUUAUCCUUAUGUGGUGAUUAGUAAACACUGAUAUUAAAAUGAAAUGUUAUUUUGUUUUUUUUACCCUGCUUCCCAUGUCAUAUUUCUUAACCAUACAUUAACCAACACAAUAUUUUUGCCAAACCAGCCGUCAGUCCAGUGUGGUUGACUGCCUGUUUACAUCUAACAAGCUCCAGAGAAUGUUACCAUUAUUUUGUAUAUACUUGAUUCAGCUUUUGAUGCUUUUACCGGUAUGUUCUCAGCAGAAAAGAGGACGAAAGAAAUAAGGAAAAAGAGCAAUUGUGUAUUUUUGAAACGCCUGGCAUCAAAGAACCAUUCCAUGCACCUGUAUCAUAGAACAUUUAGUUUAUAAAUGUUUAACGUCAUCAAAUGCAAGGUUAUCCACAUGGUGUUAAUUGUACUGUAUGUAUGUGAUGUUUGGUUAAUUUUCUUCAGUGAUUUUGGUAUUCAAUACUCCUGAGCGAAUUCUCUGCUUGUAAAGUUGCAAUGUCACUCUGCACUAUAACAUGGCCUGUAUUCAAUAAAGCAUUUCUGAGUAUGAGUACUGAUACAGGAUCAGUUUAGCCUUUUAGAUCAACAGUCCUACUCUAAGAAGCUUUAUGAAUAUAGGCCCAGGUGUUGCUUGAUUGUUAGUCCUUAUAGCAAUUCACGAUUGCUCUGGAAAUGCGAUCCCGAUGCUCCGUAUGGAGGUUUUGACGCGAUAGUGGAGCCUCUGGAGGCUUGCAGAGGCCAAAUCGAGCUCCCGCACCGCAUUGCCGUGCGCCUCCCAAAUGUUGUAAUAAUACGGAGGGCUCCGUAUAGCUCUGCAUUGACAUGAUUGGUCGACGGUACAUGGGGGCGGAAGGUGCUUUAUAAACACAUAUUAACUUCCUUGACAACUUCCGACAGCUCUGCGAAGUGCAAGAUGUCUGAAUGCUCUGACUUCUGCGGAGGCAGCGUCGCUCUAAACGCUGUACGGCCAUUGCAGAUGUUGGAUUGACCAUGCAGAACCUUUAAGGAAAAGCGUUGUAAAAAAGGACUGGCAGUUGCAUGGUAGCAUACCAUUUAGAUAGCUGUUAAAUAGGGAACAAUUACAGUACAAUAUCUUCUUGAAUAUUGCCAAAUCUUUUCCACAUUCAAGAAAUAAAACAUUGAAAAUGUACUUUGUUCAGCCCGCGCUUUAGUAGAAAUAAGGGAUAAAGUACAUUUCUAAAGGCAAAACAACUGUCACUAAUUUUAACAAUGGAUUUAACUCAUGGUUUUCCAAUAUACUUUGUAAGAACAAAAAAGGGUCAACAUAAGCGUUAAGUUUACAAUCUCAUCCAAUGAGAAUGGAUCUACUUUGUAUUUUUACUUAUUUUGAACACCCGAAGGAAUUACAGUUUACAAAACUCCUAUAUAUUUUUUUUUUACAUUGGAUUAACAUUUACUCAUGCUAAAUAUUGACAUCUAGGCAAAGCCUGAAAUAUCAGGUUAUUGAAAAGCCCAUUCCAUACAGAAUCAGAAGCAAUAAACUCUUUUAACAUUCUGUUUUAAAUUAUUGCCCCAAAAAUAAUAUAAUGUAAAUAUUUUGAGCCGAUUUCUCACAUGGAAUAGGAUUAAGUGAAGAGAUUAUUACCAAAAUUUCGAGUCAACAUACAUUGUACAAGCUUUACGGGUGUCCUAUGCUAUUGUGUUGAAAAUGUUAGGAGUUUUAAUGACUCCUUAUUUUCUUGACAUCUUUGUAACUCUUAACGCUACCAACAUAGGAGUUCUAUGUAAUAAAUGUAGAUGGAUUUAGACUCCUGAUACAACAUAUUUUGGAUUUGUUUCACGAUGAUUAGAUAUUAACCAUUUGACUGGCUGGUUUUCUGCUGAAUUUUUUGUUUGUUUUGUAUCAUCAUUAAAGUAAUAUUGCAGUAUUAUUUCUCGUACUGUAGAUCACUCACUGCCUACCUAUGAUCUUAUUAACCUUGCUGGUCCUAAAUUACGUCACUCUACUUGAUGUUUGUUGGCAUUCCCUUAUGUAUUUUCACUUUGGAUGAUGUAACGUAGGUCUAAGAAAUGGUGCAUGUAAAUAAAAGCUUUGUGAAGCACUAUAAUCGUCUUGAAAA